CGUCAAUAUUUGCAGGUCCUGGGCCAAGGACGAUUACCUACCUGUCGAAUAUAUUCAAAACCCCCCUCCCCCAAUAACAGUCACGAUAAAGCCUAGUUUGCGCUCGUCUGCACUGCUUAAUCUAUAUUUAAUAUUGUCGCAACAUAUCCACCCCUCAAUCCAGCCAGGUGCACAAUAAACAUCUGACGUGCUCAAAAAUCCCAUUUCAUAACCCCACGUCGCACAAAAGAUGCUUCCAGACCCCUCCAUAUCGGUCCUCGGGCCUGACCCAACGCAUCGGAAAUGCUUUCUCAACGGCAAUGCCUUCCAGCAGGACGCCAUCCAAUCAUUUAACGGCUGGCAGUACGCCUGUUUUUAUAGCCCCCUCCCAAGCGCAGACGACGAGCCGCUCUACGUGCAUCUCUCCCGGCGGAAGCUGCCCCUAGGAAAAUGGGAAACGCUGGUGUUUGACGAUUAUGCGCAGACCAUGGACGAUGGGCACAAUACGGUUCAGCUCGGCAUUUGUCCCGGAGACGGAACGAUCCAUCUUUCGUUCGACCAUCACUGUGAUGUACUGCGAUUCCGCUACUCCCGGCUGAAGAUCGCGCAGCACCCGGAAGACUUCACAUGGGAGGCGAAGUGCUUCUCGCCAACUCUGGAUUUCCUUCCGGGACUGCAGGGCGAGAAGGCGUUGUUUGGGUACGUCACGUACCCUCGUUUCGGACCCCUAUCCUCUGACCUUUGGUUCUCGUUUCGUACGGGUAAGGCGGGGCUCGGGGAUGAUCAUCUCUGCGUUUACAAAUCGGCAACGGGGAAGUAUCAGCUUCUUGGGACCAAUCUAGCGGGUAUCAAUAAUAAUCCCUAUAUUCAUGGUAUUGACUAUAGGAACUCACGCCUGUACGUCACAUGGGUAUAUCGGGGUUUCGUCUGGUACGAAGGUUGGGAUGACCCGAAAGAUACGAAGCACAAGGCACAGGCGGGCCCCAAUUCUGGCGAAAACAAUUACAAUAUCUGCUUCGCGUACUCGGACGAUGAGGGUCGGACAUGGCGGAACGGGGCUGGUCUUCAUAUAGCCGACCUGUCGAAAGGUGAGAGCGUGACGCCUGCGUCCCCCGGCAUUGUCGCUUUUGAGAUCCCGAGAGGGUCGGGGUUGUCAAACCAGGAGUCACAGGCAGUUGAUCAUGAGGGAGGAGUGCAUGUUCUCAAUAGGGACAAGAUGAGUGGCGAACAAAGGUGGAAGCACUAUUAUCGAUCACCGAAAGCUGAUUGGACACAGCACGCGCUCCCACAUGUCGAAGGUGUUUACGGUGGAAAGCGUGGUCGCCUCGCCAUCAGCCGAGACGAUGACCUUUACCUCGUGCUUCCUCAUCACAAAAGCACAACUCUGUCCAUCUUGAAGGCGACGAAAGCCACCAGAUACUCCGAGUACGAGCUCGUAUGGAGACAGGAUGGGUUUCCGCCGACCGAACCUCUUGUUGACAUUCUGAGACUCGAUAGAGACAAUGUACUAUCCGUGUUAACCCGUGCCAAUGUUGAUAGAACCGGUGAGCGGAAGAAUGUGGUAGUUUUGGAUUUUCAGCUGUAGACACUGGCACCAAUGCUCUAUUCUCGACAUCAAAUAUACUUGCGUUGGGACACUACAGAUACAAGUCUCC